GUCUGCCAGCCUGCCGCUUGCCGGCUCGGGAUGAUCCUGCCCGCGGAGAGAUCGGGCGCCGCGCAGAGGGCCUGGCUGUUGGCAGGGGCGGCCCCCGGCAAGGCCAAGCCCAGGAUGAGCUCCUCCUCGCUGCUGGGGGAGGGCUCCCUCGAGCCCCCGGUGCUGCUGAGCGACAUCAAGACGGAACCCCCCGAAGAGCUUCUGGCCACGGACUGCAACCAGCCACAGGCCGAGCCGGUGGACCUGUCCCUCCAUAAGCCCAAGGGCUCCCUGCAGCCUCCCGCUGCUCGCUCGGCGCCCGUGCCAGCUGCCCCCCCGGCCCCCAUGGUUCCCAUGUCCCCCGUGGGGCUGGCCUCCUCUUCCGCCAUCCCCGCCGUUCUCUCGCCCGGCUCCAUCCUGGCUUCCACGCAGGGCAGCGGCGGGCAGCAAAUCCUGCACGUCAUCCACACCAUCCCUUCGGUCAACCUGCCCAGCAAGAUGGGCAACCUCCAGACCAUCCCGGUGGUGGUGCAGUCCCUGCCCGUGGUCUACACUACCAUGCCCAGCGACGGCGUGACAGCCGCCAUCACGGUGCCCCUGAUCGGAGGAGACGGCAAGAACGCCGGUUCUGUGAAAGUCGACCCCAGUUCUAUGUGCCCCAUGGAGAUCCAGAGCGAGAGCGAGGACAGCGCCUCGGAGAGCGGGACGGGCUCCUUCCCCGACCCACAGAAAGAGCCCCUGGGAGGAAGGCCGCCCCGCCUGGAGUCUCCCGACCUGAAGAAGAGGCGGAUCCACCAGUGCGACUUCGAGGGGUGCAACAAGGUUUACACGAAGAGCUCCCACUUGAAAGCCCAUCGGAGGAUACACACUGGUGGGUAG